GCAGACAAAUUUCUGUCCAUGGUACUGAAGGUUGAACUCGAACUGUCCACCCAAGUGAUUUCUCUCCAAGGUGCUGAGUUGGUCCGAGCGAUCGGGUCUUUACUUGCCGGGCUGGCUGAGAGAUGGAGGCCAAGUUGUAAAGACACGCUCGAGCGCUUUAUUAAACAUCGCUACACGAAGCUGGCGAUGUCGACGAGGAGGGGGAGGGGAGGGCAUUAGUCUCAACCUAAGAUGAGCCAAGACACUACAGAGACACGAACACGAACCCGCUCCAAAGGCAUUCGAGUUUUGUCAGAACUCUCAGGACAUGACAUGAAGCAUGAGCUGACUAGCAGUUGCCCCACCCCUGGGUGUGAUGGCAAAGGUCAUGUCAGCGGACGAUACUCAAGGCAUAGAAGUGCGCUGGGAUGUCCGACUGUGAAGAAGAGAAAGCUGGAGGAGGCAGAGGCUGAGGAGAACCAAUCUUCUCCCAAGAAGAAAGGUCAGUCCACAUUAAUGGAGGCAGAAGACGACUUAUCCAUAAACAACGACGAGGACGAGGAAGAGAAGGACCAGAAAAAUGAGAAAGAGGAGGAUGACCUCAAAGAGGAGAAAGAUUCAAGCAGCAGACAAGAGUCAAAAAAAAACGACUGCCCUUUAAUAAAAGAAGACACUGUGGUCGCAGAAACAGUUGUUUGUGCUACAACCAAGGAUGAGGAGAGCAUCACCUGGGAGGUUGACAAUGAAGUCGUGGCUGAGGAAACCGAUAGGGAUGAGAAAUCGCCAACUGAACAACAAUCGUCUGAUGAUGAAGCGGCGAAACCGGAUACGACGACGGAAAAUGAAGACAAGCGAGAGACAGCAGGGGACCCUCAUAGAGACUUUGAGAGAACUGAGGUUGAGCAUACAAAAGAGGAGGAAGAGGAGGACGAAGCAGAAGAGCAGAUUGAAAAACCAACUGGAUUUGUAGCGGAUAGGGAAGUGGAAAGACAGACGAUAAGCCAGGAAAAUUCAGAUCACCAGUACUCCACUGGACAUUACAUCAAUCAGGCCAACGAGUCAACACAGGACCAGGGAAAGAGUGAGGAGAAAGAGGAGGAGGAGGAGGAAGAAGAAGAAGAAGAGGAGAGGAUCCAAGAGGGUGAUACGCCUUACUCAGCAAGUCCACGCAGUCAAGGAUCUCAGGAGUCGCUUGAGGAAGAAAAAGUCUGCACACCCACGAGUGAGGAAGAGCCAGACGAAACGCAGCAGGAGAACCAAGCGGCCAAGCCUCAGGAUGAAGGAGGCAAAGUGGAAGAGGUGGAGGAAGAAGAAGAGGAAGAGGAGGAGGAAGAAGAAGAGGACGACGGGGUUGACGAACAAUGCUCUAGCAAAGCCUCUCCGACCACAGUGGUGAUCGAGGUGCGCUCUGAAGAGGACGAGGACGACGACGACGAAGAAGACGACGACGACGACGACCGCGACUGCGUCUCAGACGGCUCGGGGAUCACCGACGAUUCUGAGAACUGGGAUAUGACUCGAGGGAACCUGGUGCUGCUGGAGAAGGCUAUCGCCUUGAAAGCUGGGGAGGGCAAGGAGGGCCAGGAGGCCCAAAGCUCCCAAGACUACCAGUCAUACAACAGCCCCGGCAAAAGCGCAGAAGCAGCGAUACGACGCAACGCCCACUACAGCAAAGAGAAGAAGGAAGUCAAGUGUCCAACCCCGGGGUGUGAUGGGACAGGUCACGUGACUGGACUGUAUCCUCACCAUCGGAGUCUCUCCGGAUGUCCUCACAAGGAUAGAAUUCCUCCAGAGGUCCUGGCCAUGUAUGAGAACGUCUUGAAGUGUCCCACUCCGGGCUGCACGGGUCAAGGCCAUGUCAACAGUAACCGCAACACACACCGCAGUCUGUCCGGCUGCCCUAUUGCUGCAGCAUCUAAGCUGAACAAGAACCAGGACAAGCAGGUCCAUCUACAAACUUCAGUCAGUGAACCCACAUCUAACUCGGACAGGGUGCUCAGGCCCAUGUGUUUUGUGAAACAGCUGGAGAUCCCUCAGUAUGGCAAUUACGGGCCCAAUGCGGUCACCACCACACCACGAGCAAACCUGGCCAAAGAGUUGGAGAAAUAUUCCAAGGUGUCUUUUGACUAUGCAAGCUUUGAUGUCCAGGUGUUUGGAAAGCGUAUGCUUGUUCCAAAGACAACCACCACUGAAACAUCACCCAAAGCCUUCAAAUCAAAAUCCUUCCCUAAGGCCUCUUCCCCAAGCGGGACAGGGUCAGGAGGCAUUUCCAACAGCACUUUGUCCUCCAAUGAGUAUGACUGCAGUCAAGACGCCGAGGCGGCUCACAUGGCAGCGACGGCCAUCCUCAACCUGUCCACUCGCUGUUGGGAACGACCGGAGAGCCUUAGCGCCAAUCCCAGGGAGCCCUGCGCCGAGGAGCCUGACAUCGAAGUGGACGAGAACGGCACCUUGGACCUCAGCGUAAAGAAAAACAAGCGAGAGAGCAUGCAGUCUCCGGAGCCUUCGUCGUCCUCCUCCUCGUCUUCUCAACACACAAUAGGUGUGUCAUCUCAGGGCCACGCUCAGCCUGAGUGGGAGGGGCCACUCGACUUUACGAAAUCAAGUGGAGUAAAGGAGGAAGGCCACGAUGAGGUAGAUUAUACAGCCACCUCAUACACGUCCUCUGAUGCUGAGGACGAGGACCAGGAGAACCCGGAGAACCUAGAGGAGAGGAAGUACCCUGGGGAAGUUACUACCAGCAGCUUCAAAGUCAAGUUUCCGCCUAAAGACAGCAAAAAGGAGAUCCUUGUAUGUCCAACUCCAGGCUGUGAUGGCAGCGGACACAUCACUGGCAACUACGCAUCGCAUCGAAGUCUGUCAGGCUGUCCUCUUGCAGAUAAAUCACUACGGACACUCAUGGCUGCCCACACAGCUGAACUUAAGUGUCCCACUCCCGGCUGUGAUGGAUCAGGCCAUAUCACAGGAAACUAUGCCUCACAUAGAAGUCUGUCUGGAUGCCCCCGAGCCAAGAAAGGUGGAGUCAAAUCAAACCCCACAAAGGAUGACAAAGAAGACUCUGAGUUGUUAAGGUGUCCCGUCCCUGGCUGCGACAGUCUUGGGCACAUCAGCGGCAAGUAUGCCACCCACCGCAGCGCUUACGGCUGUCCCCUGGCAGCGCGCCGACAGAAGGAGGGUCUUCUCAACGGUGCUCCCUUCUCCUGGAAGACUUUCAAGAGCGAGGGCCCCACUUGUCCGACACCUGGCUGUGAUGGGUCUGGUCAUGCGAAUGGGAGUUUUCUGACACACCGCAGUUUGUCUGGUUGUCCCAGAGCACUUGCCAGUAAGAAGAAAGCCAAGUUCCCUGGAGAUGAGUAUAUCACUGCCAAAUUCAGAGCUAGUGAUGUUCUGGAUAACGAUGAAGAUAUCAAGCAACUCAAUGAAGAGAUCAACGAUCUGAACGAGUCAAAUUCGGAGAUGGAGGCCGACAUGGUGAACCUGCACACUCAGAUUUCUUCCAUGGAGAAAAACCUGAAGAGCAUGGAGGAAGAGAACAAGCAAAUUGAAGAGAAAAACGAGGCCUUGUUUCUGGAGUUGUCAGGCCUGAGCCAGGCUCUGAUCCAUAGCCUGGCCAACAUCCGACUGCCGACCAUGGUGAGCGACACAAAAAUGAAUGGAUGGAUGGAAGUUAAGGAUUUAAAAAGAACCAAUUGUUAUACUGUCUGCAUUCAGCAGGAGCCGUUGUCGGAGCAAAACUUUGACAGCUACGUGGAGACCCUCACUCAGAUGUUCACCAAUAAGGACUGCUACCAGAACCCUGAGAACAGGGCUUUGCUCGAGUCCAUCAACCAGGCAGUCAAGGGAAUCGAGGUGUGAGAGAUCCCAAAAAGUCCUCCAGAGAUAGUUAGUGAAGGAAUCUUCUCAUUGCCAUCUGUUCUUUGUAUAUUUCUUUGUUCUUGUGUAUACUUCUCCUGUUUGCAUGUUGCUUUAGGACAAUGAGAGUGGGAACACACCAGAGGAUGAUGACACACUGCAGUCAAACUGCGAGGUGAUGACACUGAAGUGUGUAGCAGAACAUAUCCGACGUCCGCUCGAUAAUGUUAGUAGUAUUCUGUAAGAUCAUAGUGACGUUCCACCUGCUGGACUAGUCUUUUCUAUAUUGAUUGGUACUAUUGCUGUGUAACUAUUUGUCAUUUGCAAUUGUUGGGUUCAUUAUGGAAUAUUUAUUCAUGUUGCGCGUAUUAUCAUGUUUGUCUAUUAUUUAUUAAAGUCCCCGUAAAGUGAAACUAAUGUCAGAAAUUUGACAGCUUAAAAACCUGUUGAAUUUUAAUGGGAAAAAAAUACAAAGUAAAAUCGAAAUCAUGAACAACCCAGCCCUUCUCAGGUCUCAGAUGUGGUUGUAUUCAUGUUCGUUGUCGCUCAAAUAUAUUUAUACGUCCUCCAUCGUUUUAAUGCCUACACAUGUUUGGAAAAUAUCCCACCUGGUCAUCACGAAGCUUUUCCACGCUACACCGAGAGGUGCUAGCGAUCAACUAGCUCGUGGUCAAACGGGACACCGUGGGCCUUGGUAUAGGAACACUUAACAAGACACUUAAGGGAAAGUUAGUAGUUCAUCAAAUACAGCAAGCUGUAGUGGUAGAAUUAAAUCAAAUAACUAGUAAUUGCGAAAAGUAGCAAAGGCAUGACAUUUUUAUGUAUAUAUAGUGGGUGAAGGUCAACUCCACUCUAUACAACUUUUUUCAAAGUACUACAGUUGAGUUUUGCACAUUUUUAUUAAUUAACCAAGCAAGUAUCAUGUAUUUAGAAACAAAUUGCUAAUUUCACUUUACAGGGUCUUUAACUAUUUAUUCACUAUUUAUUUUUAACGUGUUACUUGAGAAGAUUUGAAACCAGGAGACUAAACUCAAGUAAACAUGAUAGGAAACACUUUUCUCUGCACUGAUGAACAAAGGAAAUAUUUUAAGAUAUCCUAUGAAUGGUUUUAUAAAGUUAUUUAUUUAAAACUGCAAUCUUUUUACAGGAAAUGCGAACAUUUUGUAUAUGAAAGUUUUGAAAUAAUUUACUGAUGACUUUUGUUUAUUAAUUUAUUUAUUGGUGCUUGUUUUUAUGAUUUUGACAACUAUACAUGUGUUGCGUAUUUUGCAAUUCACUGAGAAUAUUGAAGUGCACAGAUAUGUCGAUGAACAAAGUGAUGUGUGAAACAAAGUGACGGUGAAUAUUUAUUUAGUUUUGUCAAUGUGUGAUGAUGACUGUGUGGAUUCUCUUUGCUAGUUCUUCAAAUAAACGUUGAGCAACA